AUGUCCUGCGCCACGCUCCUGAAAACGAUUUGCUCACCUGAUUCCAGCACGGAAACUAUCCGUGCUGAGGAAGAAUUCUUCACCGAUGCGUUUUUCAAGCAUCGGUGGUACAAUGGCAACCGUGGCCGAGACGGUAAGGCCUUGGUGCAAGGAUGGAACGCCCUCAUCCACAACAUCGAGUGCAUUGGCCGUGAGGCCUGGCUCGCCAAACUUGAUGCAGCUCGCAUCAGGUUUAGGAAGCGCAACCCAGUCGGUGUCGUUUUCCGACGGUUCUUUUCGAACGCAGCGGGUGGGUCUCGUCAUAUUGCUCUACGAGACCCGGAAUAUCAGCAAUCAGCUGGGCACGAGGCUCCCAGCUGUUCCACGUCGGUGGAUAGCCACGCCAGUGGACGAGGUAACUCGUCCGGACGCCAUUCACGUCGCGGUGGUUUAAGAUACGCUCCACUAGAAAGCGUUGACCACCGCUUGAGUCCACCAAAGGAUGUGGUGGUGGCGGGAACCCCUAUUUCGGCUCGAGGGUCGGAUAAGCUUGAUGUUCAAGAGCUGAAACGUGAUCUUGUAAGCGGUAAUUACAAUUCCCUAGCGCACGAUCGUUCGGACGAUCGUGCCGCUUUUGCGUUCGCGCAACUUGAGAACGAACGUUCGACUCGUUCUUUUCGUGACGAGCUCAUUGCAGCUCUUCAGGAUAUCGCCCAACUGCGUGAGCAGGUCGCUUCGCUAGUCGACCAGACUGGCUCGUUGAAACGGGACCACUCGAAGGUGUUCUCGGCUCUCGACCGCGGAGGUGUUCUUCGCCUCUCAAAACGGGCUCGUACUGAUAGUACGGGCAGAGACGACCGACGUAAAACGUAG